CGUUUACCCAGCUCCAUCCUGUAGAGGGCUCGUCUGGGGCCUCGUUUUCUUCUUCCUCCUCAGAACGAUCUUGGUUUCCCCAGUUGCAGGUUAAAGAGCUGCAUGGAUGCCUUUGAAGGUAUUUUCUCAAGAUGCAGAUGUGAGUUUGGGAUGUAACAUCCCCGGAGAAGACGUAGAGCAGGAGGAAGAAGAGGAGGAAAUGGCAGCUUCUCAGGGGCUGCUGACAUUCCAGGAUGUGACUGUAGAUUUCACUCAAGAGGAGUGGGAAUGCCUGGACCUCGGUCAGCGGGAAUUGUACAGGGACGUGAUGUUAGAGAACUACGGAAAUCUGGCCUGCUUGGGUCUUGUGGUCUCUAAGCCGGACCUGGUCAUGUUUAUGGAGCAAAUGAAGGAUCCCUGGGAUGUAAGGAGAAGGGAGACAGCCAUAUACCCAGCUGUGUCUUCCCACGACACCCAGGGUUUGAGGAUCCAAAAGCCAGGCUUAGAAGAUUUACUCCUAACAGCAAAGCUAGGAAUAUAUGAAAGAUUUCACCUUGGAAAUUUACGUUUAACCAAAGACUGGGAAUCUAUGAGGCCAUAUAAAGAGCGGAGAGCAUGUUAUGAUGGACACAACCAAGUUGGUUCAGUUUCCCAUAAACUAAACAUUACUGCCAAAAGAAAUCAAGGAUGUGAAUCAAAUAGGGAAAAACCAAUUUCAGAUGACCAGUUUCAGUCAUCAACAUCUGCAGAUAAGUGUAUAUUUGUCAGCAAAGGCCCACAUCAUCUCUUGAAACAUACAUGUUCUCUGAAGGGAAAUGUGGAAAAUCUGGAAAGUCAUCUAUUCUCUACUGCAAAUACUCAUUCAAACCUAUAUUCUGAGCAUAGCUGUUUAUUAAACAUUCAUUCAAACACGUCUGAAAACCAGAAACUUAUACAUGAGGGGAAAAAUUCCCAAUACAAUCAAUUUGAGGGAUACUUUAACAAGGAUUUCUUGUCCUUCAACCAACAACCAUUUUCUCCUUGUUCCAAAAUCUGUAAUGUUGAUAAUAAUGGGAGAGACCUUAUUCAACCAUCAUUGUUCAAUACAUAUGGAGGUAUAAUUAGUGUGGAACAACUUUACAAGUGUAACAAAAUGAGGAAUGCCUUAAGCAGGAGCUCAACCCCCAAUAGUUACAAAAGUAUACACGAUGGAAUGAGAAGCUCUUCAUGCAAUGAAACUGGGCAUAAUGUUGACCAAGACUCAUAUACCGUGAAACAACAGGGACAUCAAUUUUCAGACAACAAUUCUAAAUAUCAUCAGUGUAGGAAUAUAUUUCAUCAAAGCUCAAAUCUUAUUAUUAAUACUUAUAAGAGUAUGGAUAUUGGAGAGAAGAGUUAUAAUUGUUAUGAUUAUGGUAAAGUUGUUGACCAGUCUUCAAACCUUAUUCAACAGCAGAUAAUUCAUACUAAGUGGAAACAUUGCAAGUGUAAUACAUGUGAAAAAGUCUUUAGUAACUCACCAAAUCUAAGUAGACUUAGGAAAAUUCAUAUAGGAAGGAAACCUUUCAAAUGUACAGCAUGUGGCCAAACCUUUAAUCAGAGUUCAUAUUUAACUGAACAUCUGCAAAUCCAUGCUGGGGAGAAACCAUACAAAUGUACAGAAUGUGGCAAAGCUUUUAAGGAGAUUUCAACUUUAACUCAACAUCAGCAAAUCCAUGUUGGGGAGAGACCUUAUAAAUGUACAGCAUGUGGCAAAGCCUUUAUCCAUUAUUAUGUUCUUACUCGACAUCAGCGAAUCCAUACUGGAGAGAGACCUUAUGAAUGUACAGCAUGUGGCAAAGCAUUUAAGCAGAGUUCAACUUUAACUCAACAUCAGCGAAUACAUACUGGAGAGAGACCUUAUAAAUGUACAGCAUGUGGCAAAGCUUUUAAGGAGAUUUCAACUUUAACUCAACAUCAGCGAAUCCAUACUGGGGAGAGGCCUUAUAAAUGUACAGCAUGUGGCAAGGCUUUUAAGCAGAGUUCACAUUUAACUCAACACCAGCGAAUACAUACCGGGGAAAGACAUUAUAAAUGUACAGAAUGUGGCAAAGCCUUUACCCGUUAUUAUUUUCUUACUCGACAUCAGCGAAUCCAUACUGGGGAGAGACCUUAUAAAUGUACAGCAUGUGGCAAAGCCUUUUCCCAGAGUUCAGGUCUUUCUGGGCAUCAGAGUUCACGCUGCAGAGAAAUGUUAGAAAUGUAA